CCGCCGCAGUGGUCGGGCGCGUGUGCGCGGCGCCGUGCCCCCGCCCGCCCUCCCGGCCGCCCCGCCGCGCUCCGCAGCCCAGCAGCCGCCGCCAUGGCCGACGAGUUGGACUUCACGACGGGCGACGCCGGCGCCUCGUCCACCUAUCCCAUGCAGUGCUCGGCGCUGCGUAAGAACGGCUUUGUGGUGCUGAAGGGGCGUCCGUGUAAGAUCGUGGAGAUGUCCACCUCCAAGACGGGAAAGCACGGCCACGCCAAGGUCCACCUGGUUGGUAUUGAUAUCUUCAAUGGGAAAAAAUACGAAGAUAUUUGCCCAUCAACUCAUAACAUGGAUGUCCCAAAUAUAAAGAGGAAUGAUUAUCAGCUGAUAGGGAUUCAGGAUGGGUAUCUCUCCCUGCUGACAGAAAGUGGCGAAGUUCGUGAGGACCUAAAGCUGCCAGAAGGUGAUCUGGGAAAAGAAAUCGAAGGAAAAUUCAAUGCCAAUGAAGAUGUGCAGAUAUCCGUCAUAAGUGCAAUGAAUGAAGAAUGUGCUGUAGCCAUAAAGCCUUGCAAAUAAAGAGGAUCGCCAGGCACGGGCAACUGCUCAGGUCUGGAUAAACCACAGAUCUUUAAAUUUGGUUCUGAUUGUCACCAAAGCUCUGGCCUUCACAAGCAACCUCAUUUCUUUUUUGAAUUGUUACAAAGCAGUGCUGGAUUCUGGAUUAGUGUUGCAGGCUAACUGGCAGUUUUCAAAAUCACUGAGAUUUUAAUUCCUUAAUUGUAACUAUUUUAACAUUCCUGUGGGUUUCAGCUAUGGAUCUAAGAAACCGUUCAGGUGUUACUAGUGGAUAUAUUUUUUUAUUUGCUUGAGCAAAACAGUGUUUGUCUGUAUGAACAGACAAAAUACAGUAUUCAGGGGCUUUUAGAUAAGCUAGUAGGUAUCUAGGAUUAUAAAGUGACCUAGAGCACAAAUAGUAUUUUUCUUGACAUGUUUAGAUAGAACUGACAAUAAAAGUAGCUUUUUUUUUUUUUUUUUUUUUUUUUUUAAUCUUAAAUAUUUUGUGGAUUGGGACUCUUGCAGAACUGUAGGUACCAAUCACAAAUUUUAGACCAAGAAACUCAAGUGAUCAAAAAUGCCAGCUGGCUUGACCAAGCCCCAGUGGCCAUGUGCAACUUAACUGUAUUACCUCUGUAUUCUUUUUUGCCAACUUGUUGGCUUAUUGUAACGUUAAAAUGGUGUCAAAGCCUACCUGUGGUUUAGGCAGGCAGUUGAGUUUUGAGUAGAUGAGACAUAGAUAGGUCAAGGUGAGAAUGGAUGCUAAAGCUAUAGACUUUCACUCGAGGCCUUUGUCAGACUUAAAGGAAAAAAAAAAAAAGAAAAAAAAAACCCCACAGUUCAGUUGCUCUCCUUUGUUGUAUUUAUCUGAAACUAUAAAAGGGUGACAAACUCCGCGGGAAUCUGUUGCAGUGCUUCCAGCUUUAGGUUUCAAUCUUCAGGUUCAGACCGUAUUUUUGUAGCGCAAGGACCACGUGUUUUUUCCAAAAGUGGGACGAAUUGUAGCAUUGAGCCUAACCUAAAUGCAUGUGUGGUGUUGGUUUUUUUUUAAUUGAACUAUUGUAUUUUCAAAAUACGGACUUGACAAACAAUACAGAACAACCAUGGCUUAACUAUAAAAAGUAAUUAGCUGAAAAAGUCAGCUCCUAUCCACAGGAGUUGGGAGUCGUUGGAACACACGUGCAUGCCUCUAACUAUUCAGUAGCUUAAUAGGCAAACACAAAGCUUUACAGAACUAGUCAUGAGAGGAUAACUAACUAGCUUACUCUUGAUUAUAGCACUCAACUUGAAGUCAGACACUUAAAGACUCUUCAUAGGUGGGAAACUUCAUAGCCCAUGGCUCAAUCUCUCCUCACAGUGGGUGAAACAUUUCAUGGACUUGCCUUAAGUUUCAGCAGCUAUCGGCUGAUGUAGGACAACUUGUGAACACCCAAUGUGCUGCGUUAGGCAACCUGCACAAUUCAAGCUGUUGGCAAUGAGAGUCAGACUUAAUGCUGCUACUUACUGCUUAAAGUGUUUCCAGCUUGUACUCUCUAAUCCCAAAAGGGCUCACAGCAACUAUCCUGAACUGCCCUUGUACAUACUGUGGUGGGGCUUAGCAAAUUCUGGAAGUCUAAUGUAGUGGGCAAAAGCAUGUUCUUUAUAGACUUCUCAUGAUGGAGAGCAGUACAGUGAAGGUAAAGACAGCAAUAAAUAUACUCUGGUAAUAAAGCACAGUUACCUGGGACACCUGGCAGAAGUGGGAUACUGCUGCAUGCUCUUACCUAGUACAGUGCACAUUGCAGGUGAGCUCUGAACAGCUUGACUGAAAUGACAGCUUUUCUAAAAGCUGUAGAUCCAAGCUACUGAAAUGCUUCAGAAAGGUUUUUAAGGGCAUGCUAACAGCAGAAGCAGCUCUGCACUGUGUCCCUUCCUGCCUCCCCAUACCAGUACCUAAGGGACAGGCUUUGUCGGGGUUGAAGGUGACUGAAACCACUGAUCAUAGUCUUAACAGCAAGCUGAUCUGUGUGAUCAGCAGCCCAAUGGGGAGUCAUCACUAUGAAAGCUUUCUAAAAUGCUUGAAAUCUACAAGACUUGGAUUUGUUGUUCUGGUAGGGUUUCAGUCUGCUUUCUGGUGCCUGUCAGUCCCCCCAAACCCUUGUUGUAAGACAGGUGUUCGAUGCCACUGGCCCACAGUCCAAGUAUUUACUAAGACUGUAAGUUCUCGAGGACAGGGGAUGUUUCCAUCCUGUUUUUACAAGUGGGACCCUGGCCUGACUGAAGUUUUCAGGUACUAAGGCAAUCUAAAGAUCAAGAUUUUAUGACCUCCAGCUUGCUGGAAGAACCCUCCUUGGGGCUUAAGGAUGUCCUAUUGCAACCUUCAGUUCUGCAAGACCUAAAUGAUUCAGUACUUCAGUAUAGGUUUGUUCUUAUAUACAUAGUUGUCUUUUGUGAAGCACUUCGAACACAGUGGAAGUGCAUAGCAUUGCCUCGUCGUGCAUGAAGUUUCCCAUAGGUAAUAAUACAUAAGCAUGAGUCUUAAGCAUAAUCUCCAAGUUUUAGUAAAGGUGAAAGUUGCUUCUAAAUUAGAACAAGUCUUUGAGACACUUUUUCCAAGGUAAGAUGUUUCAGUCUACUGUCAGAAUAAUUUGCAACAACUUUGUUAUCAGUAGUCUAUAUAGAUUCAUAUUUUUAAGAUCUCUAAGCAAAUGCUUAGGAAAAUUCCUAUUUUGUAGCUUUAGUUUAAAACAAACAUCACCCGACUACUUGUUUUGUAGUAUUGUCUUUAACACUCAAAGAAAUUGUAUCAAAAUAGAAAGCUAAGCUUCUGGAUAGCUCAUGCAAUUGCUUAAAAUAAAGGCUGUGAUGACUAGGAGGUAAAGACAAGUAUUUCCACUCCAAACAAUGCAUUUUUUUAUGGCUCCAAUUCAUUGAGUUUCUCAUACUACUUUACAGAAUUGGAAAGACUGCAGUAUUUCCUGCCUCCAAUGUUGGCACGUAAUACUUCAAGAUUUCAACAGAUCCUUCAACUUGUUGCUUCUAAUGGUGGUUUUUCAACUAGGCUCCUGCUAGUUGAGCCAUGUUCUCAGGGCUGUUUUGUUUUGGUUUUUUUUAAGAAGUUAGCUGAAUUUCACUGUUCUAAUGUAACUGCUUUCAAGCCUCUCGCAGGUUUUUCUAACCCAUGGUGUACCCACAAACCGGGCACAGUCUGUAGCUUCACAAUACAGGUAAUUUUACCAGAUCUGUAAAGAAGUCAAACUUGUUGACAGUUGAAACUCUUAUGGUUACUGCAGGUCAGUCUUACAGAAUUCAGAAUUAAAUAAAUCCCACUUUUUUUUUUUUUUUUUU